AUGAGGUCCCUAAUCGACCUCCCAAGCGAGCUACAGCUACCUAUUCUCAAUAGCCUCUCAGCCUAUGACUUAUCCUCCCUUAGUAAAACAAACAAGAGCUUUCGGCGUGCUGUAGAACCUAUUCUUUACUCUCGAAUCAGACUGAAAUGGGACAAGAGCAACACACAAACACCCCCCGUCGUUCCUUUCCUGCGCACAAUAAUGGAUCGACCUGAACUUGGUGGUCUUGUCAACCAUUUAUUCCUCCAAGGCGAUGACUCCCACGGGAAGCCCGACUACUGGAACCCACGCUUGCCCCUGAUUUCGAUCACUGGCUUACAGACUGAUCAAGCCUCUCACAUGAUCAGACAAACAAAGAUUCUAGAAGCCCACCUAUGGAUCCAAGCGCUCCUAGCCGGGAAUAUGGAUGCGGUAGUUGCUCUUUUGUUCUCAAGGCUUCCGAAUCUGAAACUUGUCCACUUUCAAGAGAACUGGACCAUCUUCAAUCGAUAUCUGGGAAUGGUACUGAGAGGCGCCCUCUGCGAACCAUCAAAACAUCGAUUGCCAAGCUAUAAGGAUAUCGCCGAAGUCAACAUUUCCUCACAAUCAGGACAAUAUCGUCUGAUGGCCUAUCAAAAUACCCAAGAUGUCCUUCCGUUGUUUUACUUGCCCGAGCUUCACAGUCUUUCAAUAGCGGUUGACAGCCCAGAAGAGUUCGAAUGGCCAUCGACAGCACCCCGGGUCACAUCAGUUCGCUCUUUAAACCUCUAUAGGCUCAGAGAAAUUCGCCUUCGGCCCCUCAUGUCGGCUCUCAAGAACAUUGAAACGCUCAAAUGGGACUUGUGGUAUCAGCAAGACCUUGAUAAGACAGUGAGCAAGCCAGUCGUACAGCUUGUCGAACUGGCAUCGGCCCUUUGUCUCAUGAGCCCGACUCUUAGAGACCUGACGAUUACAGGCGACAGUUGCCCAGCUUUUUCGUGUGGCGACUACGAUCCCCCACCUCUGUACUUCGAGGGUAGUUUGGAUAAGAUGACAAACCUGCAUAGCUUGCGGAGAUUGGAGAUACCUUGGGCACUCCUCAUGGGGAGUUUUUCACCAAAGUCAACUUCAAAGCGGUUGAGAGAUGGCGUGCCCGUUGGUGUUGAGGAUCUUGUCUUGAACUAUGACUUAUGUGUUAAUUACGAUCAAAUGGACUGGGAGGAUGAUGAUUUUAUCGCCGUGGUCGAAGAGGAGUUGGAACAUAGGCAAUUGGUCUCAACAAGCCUACGUUGCAUUACUUUAGACCUUUGGGGCCCUGAACAAUUGCCGGCUGUUGAAGACAGGGAAAGACUAGAGUUAAAAGCGACUCAAGCAAACAUUAAGUUGGUGUGGUAUAAAUGA